AUUCCAUAGACGGUCGUACAGCGAGAACGCGUGCAAAUUGCCGUACUCUUUUUACCUUCACUCCGCUAGCUAUCUGGACGUGCAGAGAGUCGAAUAUCUCGUUCUCCGGCUUCAUCUUAUAAUUAUCAAUAUUGAAAUACAUCAAAAUGGGCGGUGAUGACGAUACAACUUUCGGGCAGCGAAUGUCAGAAAGAUGGAGCGGGUUCAAACAUUUUCUUUGGAACAGCGAAACGAGGGAAUUUCUCGGCAGAGGAGGGAGUAGCUGGGGUAAAAUCUCACUUUUCUACUUUAUAUUCUACGUCUGUUUAGCUGCAUUCUGGGCCUGUAUGUUGCUUGUUUUCAUGCAAACGGUGGAUUACGACCGUCCCAAAUGGGUCUCAUACGUUAGUACACCAGGUCUUGUUGUAACACCAAGUUUUAUCGAAGAAAGGAUUAGCUACACACCAACCAAUGAGCGCACAAUCGAGGACAUUUUCAAAAAAAUGAACGAAACCUGGAAUUCACUUUCACCUGACGAGCAAGAACACACUGAAGAAUGCGACCCGCUCACAGAGGCAGGCAACAAGACCAUGCAGAGACUCUGCUCUUUUAACCGCGAGCAUCUUGGCCAGUAUUGCACUCCAGAGAACUACUUUGGGUACACCUCGACGGAACCCUGCGUCUUUGUCAAUAUGAACAGGGUUUGGGGAUGGACUCCUGAAGACCCUGAAGCCGAUGCUACAGACGUCCCAGAAGGUUACGUCAGUGGACACAUCCUGAUCACCUGCAAGCCAUACAAAGAUAAGGAUGUUUCGUCUGUCAAUGGCACAACCAUCUACCCACCCACUGGUCUGCCAUUCGCUUACUAUCCUUACGUGACGGGUACAAACAAGAAGAAGCAGGCUCUCUACGUCUCUCCGUAUGUCGCCGUCCGCGUCACCCUCAACGCAGAGGAAGCUGAAGGCAAAGAUGUCAAAAUCCAGUGUGAAGCCUAUACCGGCAACAUUGAACCUAGGGGCGGACUUUACGAUAUCAAAGACAGGUCGGAGUUCACUGUUAUAUUCAACUUGGGCAAGUCACAAGCCAAGGAUGAGAUGUAACAUACAGAGUGAAUUUUAUUAAUAAUGACAAAAAACCGUAGUCUUUUCCUUCUUCAAAUUUAAAUCUCUUUUCUAAGGAAAACAAAAAAGGACGCUCGGGCAAGAGAAGGUUCAAGUGAAACACAAACACCAGUUUACUUCUGUCAGGGUUGACGAUGAUGGUAGGGGGCGACAAACCCAGGGGCCUGAGAAAGCUUGUAUGUUGGGAGUCGUCCGUCUUUUCUUGGACAGGCGAGACACGAAUUUGUGAACGAUCCCAUUAUGCAUCAAUCUUGCGAUUUUCCCCUCCUCAAAAAGACCAAAAUCAUUGUUAAUCGGCUGAUUUGUACUGAUGGCUCAUUGGCUCUCUGUUGCCCCCUCUCGGUUUCCUUGCAUCUUCUCUUACGGGUAGUUUAGUUUUGAUAUUUUCAGAUCAGAAGGUAUUCAUGAUUUGCUAAAAAGGUAUUAAUUCACAGAUUAAAAAAAAAUUAGGUUUCUUCUUUUCCUCAAUUCUCUACCAAAUACCAUGUAUGUAUGCUCUCUUUUUAUAUGCCAUUGUUAUGUGUAUGCGUUGAAUUUUAUCACCAGAAAAUCAUUGAUUUAAUCACUCGAUACACGGCGAAUGCGACAUCGGAAACAUCAGAUUGCAGUAAAGAUACCAAAGUUUAGAAGUGUUCUAUUUUUUUAGAUGUGCUCACACUGCUCUCUCAAUCACAAUGUUACAUUCGGUAACUCAGAAUAAGUGAAUAAUUCGACCGUUGCUGGACGUUUUGAUUUCUGUACAGCAUAACAUGUAGACAAACAGACAGAACAUUCUUCUCUCAAAAGUUAACUUACCUAGAUCAAACACUGUCUGCUUGCAGAUAACCAACGAUGAAGUAUUCAGUUCGUUUAUUGAUGCAACUUUGUUUUGCACGUUUUUCAUUUUUCUAAGCAAAUCUGUUAAAUUCCGACGUUUUCACCUGCCUUUCCGUACCUCUGAAUGUUCCUGAAAAGGGGCAAAGAAGAAAGCAAUCAGUGGGCCAUUGGAAACUAGAAGCUUAGGGGUCUCUCUGGAGUCUCUGCCCAAGUUUUCAGUAGCCCUCUGCGCUUUCACCCUGUGGAGCGUCAGGGUUUUCUUCUUCAGAGUGUGCCAUGCAUGUGAGAGAGAAAGCGUGAGAGAUAGUGAGUGAGAGAUAGAAUUCAGACCAUACACCUGUAUGUUGUUCUUUGUAAAUGACGAUAAAAUACAACUGUUCUGUUUUAACAAAAAAAAUGGGGAAAUUAAGUAAAGAUGUGUGUAAUUAUCUUGGCAUUCAGUCUUGUUGUAAAUGAUUUUUAUGUUGCUUUCUGGUGGAUACCAAACGUUAAAGAAUUGAUUGGUACCCAGAUUUGAGGAAUAAGAUUAAUUGUUAUUUAUAUCAUAUUUUCGUAGUUACUUCAUUAUACACACCCCGUUUCAAUUCAGGUAUAGAUCAUGCUAUGUGUUUGUAAAUGAUGGAUUUUCCGUACAACAUUAUACCAUAUAACACUAUGUAUGUCAUGUACACAUAUUUCUAUUGCAGUUCUCUUUAUCGGUUUUCUUCCCUUUUUAUUGGAAGUAGUCAUAUAAUUCUAGUCCAACAUUUCUUUUGCCAUCAUCUUCCUAUACCCCCUUUUCCUUUUUAUCUCUUCAUAGUUGUAUUACAAUCAAAUGGGUAGGGUUGUUUGUAUUACAGGGGUUCCGUAGCAAUACUAAGCAAGUUAAAAGAAGAAAAAAAAAGAUGUUCAUGUGUGUGGAAUGUGUUCGAUUUAUAAUAAAAGACUAGUUUUUGAGAAUAUGUUCAAUCAUUUAAGACAAUUUUUAGCUCUUUUUGUAUAAUCGCACAAAAGAUGUUUUGACUGUCUAGGAUAUUAGAUUUGUCAAUUGCACUUUAGUUGAAAAGAGUUACUACAUUGCACAUUUCUAGAUUAGAAGUCUUGUUAGUAAUCAGACAUUCUUAUUUGCACUUUUUAUCCAUAUAGUUUUUGCCAUUCAAUGUGGAUCUACCUAUACAGGUUGAAUUGAAUUUUAAAAAUAUGAAAAAAAUUGUCAUUAUUGCAACUUCAAUCUCGAUAUAUGAUGUUCAAUCGUCUACUCUUUUGUGAUAGAUAGAUAUAAAUAUGUAUAUUGAAUAUAUCUAUAUAUAUUGUCUAUAUUGAUUGAUGUUUUGCAAAAAUGAGAAGUAUUUACUGUUAUAAAAUUAGAUGGAAAAGAGGAGAUGAAAAAGACCAAAAUAGAGUAAUUUGAGUCCAAGGUGUAAGACAGUGAAAGUGUCGUGUCAGAUGUUUAAGUGUUAACCGGUAACUGCCUAGCUUCCGAAUAUCAGGAUAACAAGUCUAGCUUAACAGAGUUGAUGUACAUGUGCGCUUGUAAACAUACCAGAUGAAAUCUUUACCCGACAACCACUGUGUCAUGUGAUGCAAAGAAUGUGACAGGAUGCUUACUGCGUCGACUCUGAUCGGACGAUCACAGUCGCGUAGUAGGGAGGGGGAACAACGCACUGACUGGGCAGUUCCGGUGUUGGUCUUAGCAUCUUUCGUACGAUUGCGAUGUUUAUUUCGCAGAGAGGGAGCAAAUAGCUUUUGUACAUUGCAUUUCGGUGUUUCUAUUAAUAUCAGUAAAGUUGACAGCUGCAUUAUGCAACCUAGAUCUGUCCCAGUUGGUUUACGGUGCCAAAACAAACAGAAUAGUAGGCAAAAUAGGUCUUAGGAUAAUUGGUGAUGGGUACUUAUUUUGAUAAAUUUUGAUAUAAGCGAAAGCAUCAUUUUUGUUUGUAGGAAAAUUAGGUUUAUUACAAUAUUUCCUUUUACUUUAUUAUUUUUUUUUCUUUUUCAUUUCUACUCUGGAAAUAAGUGAAUCUUGGUUGAAUCCAUACUUUUCUGCAUCUGAUUGUGUUGCGCAGUGUACAGUGCUACUCACAACAGUAUGUGCAUAAGAGUUUUAUGAAGUACAUGUAUAUUAAGAAUACAGAAAAUAAACAUGUUUAUUCUUGUAGGCGAACAGAUGGUGUUUUAACUUGUUUGUAGUAUUAUAGAAUUGAAAAAGAAAAAACAGAAAAAAGUUAUAAAAAAAAAAAUUCUCAUUCCAAUGUUCUCUUAAAAGAGACCACUGAUAUUAGAUAUGCUUCUUUCGACUCUUGUCGACCUUUGACCUAGCUGCCAUAUUUUGAAAGAAAUUCUAUGUGUGAUAAAAGCAGUUUGUUGGAUAGUGUUUAUUUCAAUCGUUUUAUACCGAGCGGGUCUUAGGUGUGGCAUAGAACAGCAUAGUUGAGUGCGUUUAACCUUUCACCUCAAAGGUCAAAGGUCAUAGAGUUAUGAAACCAUCUUUUAACCAAUAAAUGCAAACGAUUAUCUCUUUGCCUCCCUUGACAUUAUAUCAGAAACCUUUGAAGUAUGUGGGAGAGUGAAAACUUAACCAAUGAAUGCCGCCAGACUUUGAGGUAACAGACCAAAUCCCCCACACACGAUACAAGUACUGUUCUUUUUCUCAAGAGAGAACCUCACACUAGCAUGUUGAUGUGUUAUGUCGAUUCCAUCUAUGCAAUGUACCGACUUAAAAUUGGUUUCGAGGUGUAUCUCAACAUAUGGCCAGAAAACUGUGAUCACUCAUUCAUUGCAAUCUGGAUGUAGUUUACUUGCGAUUAUACCAAAUUUUACCUAUUGAUAUGAAUAUUCAUGGGUUGUUUCUUAAAGUUUAGGAAAAAUUCAAAUUUUAUGACUUCUAAAAACUGAGCGGAUCCCUUUCUCCUAGAUCGAAAGGAUGCCAAUUUCUUUGAAUACAAUGGAUUGAGUAGCCCUAUUUUGAUAUUUUUAAAGAUUGUAAUAUUCCAAAUAAAAACUUAAGUGUGUAUGAAGCUGUCCUUAUGAGCAAUUUUCUUUAGAGAGGAAAAUGAAUUCAAUUGUUAACGUGGCAAUGCAAAUUGCAUAGAACGGUAGCUCUAGGCAGCGUAUUGUACUGUAACGACUGUGUGUUCUUACGAAGGAUAAAUAAAAGUUUGAAUUUUUCCCCUAA